AUGGAUUGUCUAGAGAAAAUAUAUCCCCCUGAAGUAUAUUGCAUGCUUUAUUAUGCAAAUAUAUGCCAUGUGUGCAAAACUCCCAGUAAGGACUUGAAGAGGUGCUCAAGAUGUAAAAUGCUCAGCUACUGCAGCAAAAAACAUCAACUACUCGACUGGCCGAUCCACAAGCAGCUUUGUAAGGUGAUCGUGGACUCUAAUAAGAUUCUACUUCAGAAUUGUCAGAAAGUGAACAUUGCUUUGAACAAUAUAAGAAACCUACAACACUUCCGAGGUAUUCUGUGGACUAGAUUUCUUGGAAGAAAAUUAGAGCGAUAUGAGAAGAACAUGCUACAGUUUCCUAAAAUAUGUGCUGUGUGCAACAAAGAUAAUAUAACCAUUACAUGUGAGAAUUGUUGGAAUGUUAGUUAUUGCACUAAGGAACAUCAAAAACAACACAGAAACAAACAUGACAGAUACUGUACUCAGUUAAAAUUAAGUAUGGACCUGGACAUCAAAUAUUUAGAUUACCAUUUAGAUAGAGAUACAGAGAAGUUGUUUCAGGAACAAAACCCUUGGAUCAUUGGUCAUUAUGAAUUUUGUAUACCAGAUAACAUUCAACAUUUUCCUUCUGAUUUAAAAUCUGUAAUAGAUUGCUUCAAUGUAAAAUAUGAAUCUGUAGAGGGAUUAAAGGAUAUCUAUAAAUUGUUCGAGUUAGACACAAUAUGUGUAGCCUCCCUGAUUUUAUAUUGUUUAGAAAUAUUGGGUGUAAUUACUGACAGAUCAUUUAUCAGUUCUAAACUAACAGUUCAUUUAGUAGGUGCAGAUUUUACAGAAGUGACAUUUUAUUGGGACUUGAUUAUUAAGUUUUACACAAAAUGGCUCAAGAAUAUAACUGAGCUUAAAUUUUACGUGAUUGGUCCUGAAGUUAAGCCAUAUACUUUUAAUGUUAAUAUAGCCUGCAUUGAAUUUAUUGGGGAUGUUUACCAUAAUGUGAUAGAAAAAAUUGAUAAACCAGAUGUGGUUGUAUCAUAUAAUAAUGGUAUUCAUGAAUAUUAUGGAGAAAGUAUAGAUACAUGGAAAGGAAGUCUGAAAAGUUUGUUCAAGUAUGAUAAUGUACCAUUAAUUUUAACAGCAUAUACAAAGCAGGAGAUUGAUAAAGAUGUUGAUAUAGUUAAAAAUGUUACUCAAGCAAAGGUACUGGUAGGACCUGAUGAAAAUCCUUUUAAAAGUUUAAAACCUGUUCGAAAUCAUGAUGAUGAUGGUGAUACAACUGUGUUUUAUAAAAAUUAUUAUUAUUGUGUGCUGAAAUCAUUUGACAGAUAG